AUGACAUCCCUGAAUCCUGACGAACGACCUACCAGCCUCCAGAAGCUGGGCCUAGUGGCACGCAUCAGGGGGAUGGUGAAGAAGAAACGAGAGGACAACACUCCCCUCGAUCUAGAAACACAAACAGUGGCAUCCCAGGAAGGUAUGACUUCUUCCAUCAGUCUCCCUCCCCCGAUUCUGCCCCCCAAGCCCCUGGGAUUGCUGACCAUGCCAGGGACUCUCUCGAUGCCCCUCGGAUGGCUUGCUGAUCCAGCUCCUGAACUUCUAGCCGCCAGUCUCAUGGCCUCCGUCCUUCCACCUGAAACAGCUCCAGAGUGGGGGGACCCUCUCCAAAUGAUGAAGAAGAAUGACGACGAGUCUGGGAAGAAACCAUCCACUGGUACUUCCCGAGUUGGGACUUCACCAUCCCUUUUAACUACGAUGAUGCUGUAUGACAGGAGGAGUGAAGGAGGCAGGAUGAGCCGCAGCCAGUAUGUCGUGAGUCAGAGAAGCAGCAAAGGAGGAAGACUACAGAGUAUGACGAGCAGCAUCGAAAUGAGCAGUGAGAGGUGGAAAGGAACCAGCUUGCAGCAAUCAAUAAGAGCAACUGGUAUGGGCUACAUCCUGAGAUCGCCAGUGUCUUUGCACCCAUACAAGGCAACCCCCUACCUUCUUCCCCCUUCAGAGAGCCCAGUACCCCAAGCAGCAGGUUCCCGGAAUACUGAGCAGACAGAACUCAGACCCAAUGUUACCCAAGGCCCCCGACCCCUGAGUACCCCCCCUCAUCCUGCACCCCCAGUGCUGACUCCACCUUUGGAAGCAACAAGUCCGUUCUCAGACACUACGGGCUAUGAGUCCCUGGGAAUGCUCAUAUCCCCACCCAUGCCCUCCGAGGAUUUCUCAGGAGUCGAGUUGUCAGGCAACUUAUCGACGACAACUACAGAAACAACAUCUGCCUCUAUCACGAGCAAGUGGAGGCGGCAUGAGCAACCAGAGGAAACCGAUAUCGGUCUGACAUCGGGAGUCACCCCACCUCAGCCUACCAGGACCCCCCAGUCACUGGUCCGAGCACCCAGCCAGAGGAGCAAAACAACAAUACUACAAGGGGCCAUAGAGAGUUUCUAUGGCCAGCCCAUCAGUUCUCUCCUCAAGGAGGACGACAAGGACAAGGAAGAAGGGGACACUGAAAGUAGCGACCCCCCCCAGGGACCACCAUACAAUUCACAGGAAGCUACCGACAAUGAAGAAGUACAGAAAUUGGCAAAAGAAGAGAAGGAGAAGGAAUAUCAGGGAUAUUAUAUGCAAGGGGUGAACUUUUUAUGGCGUGACGGCACUUGGCUAGUGUUGCGCAUUGGACAAAUAUACUUAUGUUCAGAACCCAACCAGUGA